GUAUGGGAUACACGAUUUCCCGCGACCUCGUCAUGGACAUCGUUAAACUAAAUUGGGUUCGUUCAAAGGUGGUGGGCAGUGAAGAUUACUUGGUAGGUCGCUGGAUUUGCAAGGUAGCAGAAGAAAAUAAAUAUUUAGUGCACUAUGUGGGUUUCACCCAUCGCGGCUGGCCAGUUCGAAAUUUUCGCGGAAAUCCUUUCCACGAUAUUGGGUUUAACUAUGGCAAUUUAGACAAUCUAUUCCCAGAUGAGUCUAUUUUAGUCCAUCGGAUAAAGAGUGUUAAUACAUUUAAAAUAGUUGAAGGCGCAUAUUUUUACAAUGAUGGUUUUCCGAAGGUCAAAGUCAUUCGGAAUUCGACGACCCCUGGUUUGAUUGCAAAAAAAGAGGUUUUUCAGGGAUGCUGGAUCAUGUCUGAAAAAAAGCAAACCUGGAAUCAAGCGCUCGAUUGGACUCAAGCUCAGGAUAUCUAUAAAAAUUGGUUUUAUGAAGCUUGGGGUUUCAAGGAGGGACGAUGGCAUGGUUAUUAUGGUCCUGAGGAUAAGAUAAACACACAUUCAUGA